AUGAGUGAUCCUGUCGACGCGGCAGACUUGGUGGUCGUGGCUCAGGCUCACGUCCCCAAGCAGUCUCUGGACCUCGUCCCAGUCAAAGAACACGAGACUACGGUGGUUGCAACAGCCCCUAGACUUGAUGAUCAAGGCCGCGAAAUUCCCACUGAAGAAGAAGAACACACUCUCCGUCGCGUUGCUGGCAAGGUUCACUGGACUGCGUACACGAUCGCCUUUGUUGAACUCUGCGAGCGUUUCUCCUACUAUGGAACCACUGCUGUCUUCGUCAACUUCAUUCAGCAGCCUCUCCCCGAUGGUUCGAGCACUGGAGCCGGUCACAGUGGACAGUCUGGUGCCCUAGGCAUGGGUCAAAGAGCGUCCACUGGUCUGACAACUUUCAACACAUUCUGGUGUUACCUGAUGCCUAUUCUGGGUGCUUACAUUGCCGACGAGUUCUGGGGACGGCUGAAGACGAUUCAGGUCUCAAUCGCCUUCGCAAUGGUUGGACACGUCAUCCUGAUUAUAUCCGCCUUGCCAUCUGUUAUCGCGCAUCCGCAUGGCGCUCUGGGAUGCUUCGCUGUCGGUCUGGUCAUCUUUGGAGUUGGUGUGGGAGGUUUCAAGUCAAACAUUGCCCCUCUGAUUGCUGAACAGCACAAGGAAACAAGGUCCUUCAUCAAGGUGAUGCCCAAGACAGGCGAGCGUGUCAUUGUGGACCCUGCUCAAACUGUCACUCGAAUUUUCCUGUACUUCUACUUCAUGAUCAACGUCGGCGCCUUAGUUGGCUCAAUCGUCAUGGUGUAUGCCGAGAAAUACGUGGGAUUCUGGCUUGCAUUCCUUCUUCCAACCAUCUUGUUUGCGCUCUGCCCUCUUGUGAUCUUUGCAUGCCGCAACAAGUACGAGGUCACACCCGCUACUGGCUCGGUUUCCGCGAAAGCAUUCAAGCUCUGGGCUUUUGCUCUAAAGGGCCGCUGGUCGUGGAAUCCCGUGAGAUUCGUGCGGAAUUGCCAGUCUCCUGACUUCUGGGAGAGAGUGAAGCCUAGCAGGGUUCAAAAUAAGCCAGAGUGGAUGACGUUUGAUGACCAGUGGGUCGAUGAAGUACGCAGAGCUGUGAAAGCGUGUGCUGUCUUUCUCUGGUACCCUGUCUACUGGUUGGCCUAUGGGCAGAUGACCAACAAUUUGACCUCGCAGGCAGCCACGAUGGAGCUGCACGGUGUUCCUAACGACUUGAUCAAUAACCUGGACCCUCUCGCAUUGAUCAUCUUCAUUCCCAUCAUGGAUCAGUUCAUCUACCCCGGUAUCCGCAGGAUGGGAUUCAACUUCACCCCCCUCAAGAAGAUCUAUGUCGGCUACAUCCUUGCCUCCAUGUCCAUGAUAGCGGCUGCCGUCACGCAAUACUACAUCUACAAGAUGAGCCCGUGUGGCGACCAACCCAGUGCCUGUGACAGCCCGGCACCAAUCAACGUGUGGGUUCAGACCCUGCCGUAUGUCCUGAUCGCUUUCUCGGAGAUCUUCACCUCUAUCACGGGUUAUGAGUAUGCAUUCACAAAGGCUCCCAGGAACAUGAAGAGUUUAGUCCAAUCGAUUUUCCUCUUCAUGAACGCCAUCUCGUCUGCUAUCCAGCAAGGACUUACUGGGUUGUCCACCGACCCGCUCCUGAUCUGGAACUAUGGAUUCGUGGCUGUCCUGGCGUUCGUUGCUGGCAACCUCUUCUACUUGACCCACUAUUCGCUGGACAAGGAUGAGGACCGACUCAACAAUCUCGAGGCCUCGGCGUACCUUGGUAGCAACCCGGGUGCUCGAAAUGAGAAGAUUGACCCGGAGCCGUAG